ACCAGGUUAGCGCUUCACAGAAAGUGUGGCAGUCGACAGCGCAGAGGCUCAGCGUUGCAGCUCAUGCGCGGUGUGACCUCUGCAGUAUAGAGCCAACCAUCUCUAACGAUUCCUCUACGAUAUUUAAUGAUGUUGAUUUCCAUGACUGGAAAAAUAACUUGGUUAUAAGGAAACACUUGUACGUUUGUACACGCAGUUCAGUAGUUCAGAGGGCUGACAGGAGUACUGUUCUCUUCGACUCGGUGCGACCAUCCAGGUUGAUGGUAAACGAUGGCGCUAAAAGCAAGAGCACUAUACGACUUUAAUUCGGAAAACCCCGGAGAGAUAUCCGUGAAGGAGAACGAGAUUGUGACUCUGUAUAGCGAACAGGACAUCGAAGGCUGGUUUGAGGGAGCCAACAGCAAAGGGGAUAAGGGAUUAUUCCCUGCGUCCUACGUGGAGAUAGUAAAGAACGACACCGCGUCCGCCGCUGCCGUCAACAACAACAACAGCAGCACAUCUGGGCAUGCUCCCCAGGGCUCUCGGUACGCCAAUGUAUCCACCGGAGGCUUCGAUGCCUCAUAUCAACCUCCGAAUAAAGUUGAGAGCUCUUCAUCUCCGGGAUACCCCGGGUUCUCACCCCCGGGUCAAGCAUCACAGCAUAACGUCUAUCCCGACACCAGCCAAGGCAGUGAGGAUGAUUGGUACGAUGACUGGGAUGACAGCUCCACGGUGGCCGAUGAACCACCGGUCGGAGUCCCUCGGGAUUUUGACGGACCUUCGAAAUACAGGGUGUCCUCGGUGCCGAGAGGCGGUGCACAGCAGGCGAAAAGUUCCGCCACCGUCGGUAAGAAUUUGAACAGGUUCUCCACCUUUGUGAAGUCAGGAGGCGAAGCGUUCGUGCUGGGGGAAGCGGCGGGCGACGUGAAAGACUGGGACAGACUCUGCGUGGUGAUGGGUCAGUAUGGCCCGCAGUGGCAGGAUAACCCCUACCCGUUUGCCUGUACCAUCGAUGACCCCACUAAGCAGACCAAGUUUAAAGGUAUGAAAAGCUACAUAUCUUACAAGCUGACACCAACGCACACUCAAACCCAGGUGAACAGAAGGUAUAAGCACUUUGACUGGCUUUACGCCCGCCUGGUCGAGAAGUUCCCUGUCAUCUCCGUGCCGCACAUCCCCGAGAAGCAGGCCACCGGGCGCUUCGAGGAGGACUUCAUCUCCAAGAGGAGGAAGGGCCUCAUAUGGUGGAUGGACCAUAUGACCAGUCACCCUGUGUUGUCCAAAUGCGACGUGUUCCAGCACUUUCUCACCUGCAACAGUACGGACGAGAAGGCCUGGAAGCUGGGCAAGAGGAAAGCUGAGAAAGAUGAGAUGGUGGGCGCCAACUUCUUCCUCACCAUCAGCACCCCCGUCGCGCCUAUGGACCUCCAAGAGGUGGAGAGUAAGAUCGACGGCUUCAAGACCUUCACUAAGCGGAUGGACGAAGGAUCCAUGCAGCUGAACGUCACCGUCAGCGAGUUCGCCCGCAAACAGAUUAGUGGUUUUAAGAAGGAGUACCAGAGAGUGGGCCAGUCCUUUAAGAUCCUCAGCCAAGCCUUUGAGUUGGACCAGCAGCCGUACUCUGUUGGACUUAACCGAGCCAUCUCCAUCACUGGGGAUGCCUAUGAGGCGAUUGGGGACUAUUUUGCUGAGCAGCCCAGCAAAGAUCUUGAUCCCAUCAUGGAUUUGUUAGCACUUUACCAGGGCCACCUGGCAAACUACCCAGACAUCAUCCACGUCCAGAAAGGCGCCCUUACGAAGGUGAAGGAGAGCCAGAAGCACGUGGAGGAGGCAAAGAUGGAGGCCCCGCAGGCGGAAGGCAUCAAGGAGCGCUGCAACAUCAUCUCCUUCGCCACCAUGGCGGAGAUCCAGCACUUCCACCAGAUCCGCGUGCGCGACUUCAAGACCCAGAUGCAGCAGUACCUUCAGCAGCAGAUCGGCUUCUUCCAGAAAGUCACGGGCAAGCUGGAGGAAGCCCUGCAGAAGUAUGAUGACGCCUAGUAGGCUGCGGUCGCUGAAGAUGACCCCCCCCCCCCCCCACCACCCCGCCCCGCUCCGCCCCCUCUCCACUUGUGAUGGGGUCGGCACCUCUCUGUCCUCACGAGCGGUGACUGCUUAGCCUCCUGCUAGCCUAGCGCCGCAAUGCUAGGGCGGCUGCUUUUCCGUUCUUUCUUUCUUUCCAGGGAAACGUACGAGGAGUGGACACACUUCCGUUGUUUUGAAAUUAAUAACCACGGAUCCCCGCUGAGUUCAUGGUUGGGGGGGGGGGUCGAUUCAGGUUCAUCCUCAAGUGAAGAAGAAGAAGAAGAAGAAGACCGAAACAAUCAGAAUGACAGUUCAGAAAAGACAUGGAGCUAACUGCCUCUUCUUCAGAUGUGCUAUUUGGUAAUGUACAUGGUGCUUUUCCAGCUCUUUUUAAUCACUCCAGUGUCCGACUGAUGCUUUUCAAUGACUCGUUUUCCUGAGCAGAAACACCUGGACUGCAUCCAGAAGCGGGGUAAUCCACCAGGGGGUCUUGUGCGCUGCCACGUACACCUGUUCCACACGCGCUGGCCACAAUGAAUGUUUACAGUCCGCCCGAUAGUCCCAGCACCCACUGUCACUACUGUCUCACUGUGCCUUCUCUUUUUUGUUAGCAGGCUGAAGGAUUUUUUUUUAUAAAUAUAUAUAUAUAUAGAUAUAUAUCUAUAUGUAGACUAAUUUUAGCCAGAUUUGUUCUUGUUAAGGUUUUUUCCAGUCUUUCCAGAGGAGGGUAUGUAGAUGGGUGACUCAGCUUCGGGGGUCUUUGGGAGGAGUUACCAUGGGAACCGAUGAAGGAGGUCCCCCCCCCCACCCCAGGGGAAGCACUAGGCGGUACCACUAAAGCUUUCUCGGUUGUUAGACAGUGUUCUCUAGCCAGGAAGAGGAUUUCUUGCCUGCUUUCACAUCCACCGAACACACACACAUACAAUUACACACGCUCUUUCUUAAUCAAGCAAAUGUAUGGACAGUUCGGUUCACCUGGAUGGCUGUAUUGUAAUUUAUAUGCUGGUUGCAUAGUAAAGACUUAAGGUAAAAGUGAAGAAAUAAAACAUAUUCUUCAAAUACAGAGCAUAUUUGUUUUAUGCUUUUCUUUUCUUUUUAAAGCCAAUACAAACUAUUAAAAGAUAUCUUGAGUACCAUUUUCAAUAUUAACAUUCAUUUACGUUUAAUAUUCCAUGGUUCUAAUGUUCGGGAGCUGGACCCAAAUGUAGAGCUUGAACUUGGGACUAAAGAAAGAAACUUUAAUCCGAGGUAAAUCAAAAAAUCAUUUAACAAACAGGUUAAAUAUACAACUUAAAACGUGAGCUCGCAGGCAGCGGUUAGAACGAACCUCAGCGACUUACGACAUCCAUAACAAGAAAAUCACAUGUGGAAAGGACUUAAACAGACAUGAUAAAUACACACAGGUGAACACAAUUAUCUAAUCAACACCGGUGGGCCAGAGACCAUCUGCAGGGCAGCAACAACACAAAAACACUUUGAACAAACUGUUGAACAAAACAAUGAGCCAAACCAGGAAAGAUAAACACAACUCCCUUUAAUCUGAACAGUGUCAUGCUCAAUAGCCAUUGUAUUCUGGGCCCCUUUGAAAUCUGAGUUUAUUUUCUGUACUUGUUUUAACCCCGUCUAUUUAUUCUUGCCAUGAGAACAGCAGAGAGGGAAGGACGGCGAAGGCUAGGUCUAGUGCUUACACAAGAUAUCUCGGGAGGACCGGAGUGUGUCUGUGUCGUGUCAGCGAUGCGGUCAUCCUCAGACAGCAGAUCUGCAAAGGGCUCAGAGCCUGGAUGGCCUUCUGGGACAUCUGCUCGAGGUCAGCAAGCCAGUUGCAGGCUGGAAUAAUGUAGCAAAAAUAGUUUUGGAUACAAUGGAAGACAUUCCCUUAAUAUUUCUCCAUUUAUAAUUGUAAUGCAUUCGCUUUUUUGAGCGAGGCAUUCCAGUUGCUUUAAAUGAUCAACGUCACCUUCGAUUUACUUUCACAGUACUGUAAACAGCAAUGUCUGUAAACAUUCAUUGAACAUGCAUCAGUUUUCAAUUUAUUUCUGCUUGCCAUUACCAGCCCCCCUCCCUGCCUGUAUGUUAUGGUGGUUGUGGGACCCGUCUGUGAUAAAUGCUAGGGUUGCAUAGCGUGGUCUAAACGGAGAGCUGGAUAGGGGCUGAUCUGAGUCCCUCCCCACCAGGGUGUCUCUGCUGGUUGCUGCUAAGCCCAUUAGAUCUUCCCCUCCCUGUUUAAUAUAUUAUCACUUCUUCCAUCGUCCCCCGGCCGCAUUCGCUUCUGCACGCUUCUGAGUUGUUCAAGGGAUUCACAAGCCGACUGCUGCAUUCACAAACCACCACUGACAUUCAGAAGCCAACUGCUGUCUAUUGUAUUUUCUACAUCGGUAGCCAUGAUUUACAUUGAUUUUGCAUCGCUAAAUUCUCACCCCUCAUCCAUGAGGCAAAUUCUCAAUUUUGAAGGGUGCAUAUUCAGUUCUUCUUCAGGCCUUCAUUACUUUUAAAGGGAAAUACUUAAAGUCCUAGUUGUGGAGAACUUUGUAAGGGUAUAGACAGUCACAGAGCAUAGUUGCACUUCCAUUUGAUUCUAGGCAGGACAUGGUAGCAGAUGGAAGUGAUGGCCACCUCAGGCCUUCAGUGUGGUGCCAGUGCGGCCUCAGGAACUAGAUGUCCCAAUUCUUCAAAUCAGGGCCUUUGGGCGUGUCCUCCUACAACCGCUUACAGUAGAUUGGUAGAUACACGCCAUGGGGGAGGCUACUGUGGGAGAACAUAUGCUGGUUCCGAUCAAAUAGAAAUGCUAUGUAAUAAUAUAAUAAUAUGUAAAAAUGGUCACAUUGUCAUGUACACAAUUCUUCUGGUUCCACCAAAUGUGUUAUCUUUAGAAUGACAGAAAAGUAUGAACCCAAAUGUCUUGAGAAAAGAAAAAUAAGAAGGUCAACAGCCAAGUACAUUCCACUGAGAGAAACUUUGGGCUCGUGUUGUAAGUGGAUUGCCUCGGAUGCCCUCCAGAUGUGGCGGUGGAGCGGAACAUUGGAAAACAUGAUGCAAUUGGUCAUCAGGUCAGUGAAAUGGCUCUGAGCAAGAGGGUCGAAUAGGCUGCUUCCUAUUGGACUUGUUGCUGGAGGCUUGGAAGGCUACUGGUUCUCCUUCCUAUAAAUCCACCUGUCAAAAGUGGGCCUGAGCAAUGAACCCAAUUUCCUAACAGCCAAAGGAACCACCAUCAGCAGAUGAAUGUGUGUGCAUGAACGAGGAAAUGUAAGGCAUUGAUUGUCAAAAGCCCGUGGGUUCAGCACGCUGGUAAGAAAAAACCAACGUUGAUUCACCAUGGAUAAAUACGGCACUUGAAUCCGCUGAAAAUCGUCCAGAACCUUGCGUUCCUCUGGCUUCUGGGUGGACCUGACCCAGCGAUGGCAGCUAGUCCCGGCCCUUGGCUCAAAUGAUCGCCACAGCUGCGGCAUUUCUUUGUAUGCAGCAGUUCAUAUUGAACCAGGCGGAACAGUGACUAGUAUUAACCGCUUUUGUCCUCCAUCUGUUUUCAUCCAUAUUUCCAAGGCUUUUCCUACCGUUUGUUGGGACACCUCAGCCGUGGCUCUGGCCCCCUGCCACAUGCCUCGCCACAUAGGACACAUUCAUUCAUGAUGACUUAACCAUGGCCUCAAGAUCCCUCAUUUAAUUAUACAGACUCCUGCUACCCUUAACCCUGUGUCAU